AUGGAUGUACUUCUGCUCUUCCUCCUUGCUGGAUUACCUCUGGCAUCAGGUCUGCAGCGGGAGCACAGUGUCCCAUGUUAUGACGAGCAAAACCGACCGCAGAGGUGCCAACCGCCGUUUGUGAACGCCGCUUUUGGGAGGAUCGUGGAUGCGACCAACACUUGUGGAAUGAAUGGACCCCAGGAGUACUGCCUGCAGACCGGGGUCACCGGUGCCAAGAAGUCCUGCUAUAUUUGCGAUAAUAGGGAUCCCGACAGGCGGCACCCGGCUUCGUAUUUGUCGGAUUUUAAUAAUUUGACAAGGUGGACGUGGUGGCAGAGUGAAACGAUGUUGGAAGGGAUUCAGUAUCCAACGGUGGUUAAUCUGACUCUUCAUCUCAAGAAAGCAUUUGACAUCACGUACGUCAACCUGCGCUUCUACUCACCCCGACCAGAAAGCUUUGCCAUCUACAAGCGAACCACUGAGGACGGGGAAUGGAUACCAUACCAGUUCUACAGCGCCUCUUGCGAGAAGACCUACAAUCUGCCUCGGCGAGGGGUCAUCACUGCCAGCAACGAGAAUCAGGCCAUCUGCACCAAUGAGUUCAGUGAUAUCAGUCCGCUCACCGGUGGCAGCGUGGCGUUUAGUACCCUUGAGGGUCGGCCGAGCAUGUUCAAGUUUAACGAAAGCCCCCAACUGCAGGACUGGGUCACAGCGACAGAUAUCAGAAUUGUUCUGACCCGCAUGAACACAUUUGGUGACGAAGUGUUUGGUGAUGCUCAAGUACUGAAGUCUUACUUCUACGCUAUCUCCGAUUUAGCUGUUGGCGCCAGGUGCAAAUGUAACGGCCAUGCCCGCAUUUGUCGAGAGGUCAGGGGUCAGGACCUGGAGGACCAUCUUGAAUGCGUGUGUGAGCACUUCACCACAGGCAGGGACUGCGAGAAGUGUCUGCCUUUUUACAAUGACCGGCCUUGGGGCAGAGCCAUUGACAACAAUGCCAACGAAUGCCAAGCUUGUACCUGCAACGGACUGUCGGAAACGUGCGAGUUUGAUGAGAACCUCUACCGACUGACAGGCCGCGGUGGCAGGUGCACAGACUGUCGGGACCACACCGCUGGUGUACACUGUGAACUGUGCGAGGUCAACUUCUACCGGAGGGAGAACCAGUGUUUGAACUGUGGUUGUAACCAUGUUGGCUCUUUCUCCCUUCAGUGUGAUGAGAGUGGUCAAUGCCCCUGCAAGCCUGGGGUUACUGGUCAGAGGUGUGACCGCUGCCUGCCCAAUUAUUAUGAUUUCAGCGAUGCAGGAUGUCGGCCAUGUGACUGUGUGCCUGCAGGAAGCAUCAACAACGAGCCAAGAUGUGACUCCAGAACUGGUCUGUGUGCCUGCAAAGAGAAUGUGGAGGGCAGGCAGUGUGACCAAUGUAAGGCAGGCUACUUUGGCCUGACCGAGGCUGACCCCUAUGGAUGCGUGUCGUGUUUCUGUUAUGGACAUUCUACUGUUUGCAGCUCAGCCCCUGGAUACCAGGCUGUCAACAUCACUUCUAAUUUUGAGACAGGCAAACAAAGAUGGACGGCAUUCACCAGAAGCAACCGAGAAGUGGAGACCCAAUAUAAUGGGGUCAUCCAAAACCUAGGGGUGUCGGCCGAGAGCAACGAGGCUGUAUACUUUACAGCGCCGUCUCGUUACCAUGGUGACCAGCGUUUUAGCUACAACCAGUUCCUGACCUUUGACCUGCGGAUCGGAGAAGAAACGGCACGGCCUUCAGUUGUCGACAUCAUUCUAGAAGGUUCAGGACAGUCACUCUCCACCCACAUCUUUGCCCAGUCCAACCCCAUCCCCAGUAUCGAUGAGAAAUCUUUUGCCUUCAGGCUUCACGAGAACCCCCAGUACCAAUGGGCCCCGAGGAUUAAGGCUACAGAUUUUAUUGGAGUCCUAUCCAACGUGACCAACCUCAAGAUUAGGGGCACCUACAAUGAUAAAGGAGUGGGCUUCAUCGACAAUGUUAAUUUGCAAACUGCCCGUCAGGGCUAUGGCGGAGAUGAUGUCACGUGGGUUGAGUCCUGCAGCUGCCCAGAAGGCUACAUCGGUCAGUUCUGUGAGUCUUGCCUGCAGGGCUACAAGAGAGACCCUCCCAACGGGGGACCCUUCUCCAGAUGUGUGCCCUGCACAUGUAACGGCCACUCAGACAGUUGUGAUGUCAACACAGGUCGUUGCAUAUGCAGCCACAACACUGAAGGUGACUUCUGCGAGCGAUGCGCCCGGGGCUACUAUGGUGACGCGACACAGGGUACACCAGGCGACUGCAGGCCAUGUCCUUGUCCAAAUGGUGGGCCAUGCAUUCAGCUGCCCAACGAGGAUGUGGUCUGUACUGAGUGCCAAGUUGGACAUGGAGGAAAUCUGUGUGAGCUCUGCUUGGAUGGUUACUUUGGAGAUCCUUCUGGUCAGUUUACUGGCCAGCCCAGCAGCUGUAUGCCUUGUACCUGCAAUGGCAACAUCGAUCCAAAUGCUGUUGGAAACUGCAAUUCCACAACUGGCGAGUGUCUCAAAUGUAUUCGUAACACUGGAGGCUUCUUCUGCGACCAGUGCCUGCCCAACUUCUACAAUGACAGUGCCGGGGUGUGCACGGCCUGCAGCUGCUUCCAUAGCGGCACCGUCAGCCAGCCUGGCACCAGUGAGUGUGAUCAGCGAACUGGCCAGUGCCUGUGUCUCCCUAAUGUGAUUGGGCGACAGUGUGUGAUGUGCCAGCAGGGAUAUUGGAACAUCGCCAGCGGAGAGGGUUGCUCUCCAUGUGAAUGCAGCGAAGUUGGCUCCCUGAACUACACCUGUGAGGAGGCCAGCGGCAGGUGUUCGUGCAAACCUGGGGUCUCUGGGCGCAGAUGUGACGAAUGUGAGCGGUACCACUAUGGCUUCUCACCUUCUGGCUGCACGGCUUGUAACUGUGACCCCAUUGGGUCGACAGAUCUUCAGUGUGACCCCUAUGGUUAUUGCCCUUGUAAGGAAAAUGUUGACGGUCGGAGCUGCGACAGAUACUGCCCACAGUGCUACAACCUGGUCCAGCGACAGGUCAACACUCACAGGGCCAAGCUGCGAGAAUUGAUACUCCUCAUUGAAAAAACCACAGACAACCCGAGCUUGUUCAAUGACUCCGAGUUCAUCUCCUAUUUACAGAAGGUCAAUACUUCAGUCAAUGUAUUGCUGCGGGAUGCCAGGGCCACUUCAACUGGAGAUGGGACUGUUGGGGCACAGAUCAAUGAGCUGAGGCGCUCCUUGAGCGAGGUGCUUGUGAAGCUUGGGGAGAUUGCCCAGAACAUUGCUACAGCUUCCAAAGCCACUAGGGACAGCCAGGAUGACAUCGCUGCUGCGGAGAAGGCCAUCGACAAUGCUGAUGCCGCUCUGAGGAUGGCCGAGAAUUAUAUCGACAAGGAGGGUCGCACGGCUCUGAAACAGGCCUUGGAUGCCUUGUCGAACUUUGGCCAGAACUCGCAGCAGAUGACAGAGAUUGCCAGGAGAGCUACCCUGGAGGCCAAGAGGCAGAAAGAAGAGGCUCAGAAUAUUGAAAAUGUAUCAAAGAUCGCUCUAGAGACAUCCAGGGAAGCUUACCGAUUGGCUAACGAGUCAUUGAACAUGCCGUUCAAGACACAGCAGGACAUUGAGAGGCUGCGACGAGAAUAUGACGAUGCCAGCCUGUUGUUCCAAAACACCAAAACCGUGGCUAACAGCACCCUUGCCAGGGCAGUGUCCGCCAAGGAUGAGGCAUUCUCCCUUCUCGUGCUGGCCCAGGAACAGCUGCCUAGCAUCGAUGUGGACAUGUUGAAGCAGGAGGCAGAGAAGAUCAAAACUGAGGCUAAUGACAUCAAAACCAGGGCCAGGAAGCUGAUUGAUGAGAACCAGGAACUCCUGGCGAAGGUGAAGAACCAGAGCCAGGCGGCCGACCGGCUGCUCGAAGAGGGCGACACUUUGAACUUGGAUGUUGCGGACUUGCUGGCCGAGGUGGACUAUGCCAGAUCUGAGGCUAGGAUGGCCGUGGAGAAGGCUGAAAAGACGCUGAAGGAAGCCAAUGAUACACUGACCAUUUUGGAGGAAUUUGACAAACUGGUCAACCUCAAAGAUGAAGCCCUGAAGUCCCUACAAGAGAUACCUGCCAUUCAGAAAGCCAUAGAAAAUGCUCAAGACAUGACACAGGAAGCCAGAGAUGCCCUGGCCGAUGUGAUCGCUGAUGCUCGCCGAGCUCUGGAGAUAGCCAGAGAUGCAGAGGCCAAGGCAUUACAGGCUUCACAGGAGGCCGGGGAGAUUCGUAGCAAAGCAGGCACUACGAAAGACAAGGCCAGCCAGUUGAGACAGGACACAGAAGAGCUCUCAGAUGAUGUCCGGAAGGCGGAGACUUCUUUGACUGGUUACGAAAACCAGGCCAAUCAGGAUGAGGAGCUGGCUAAAAAUGCUUUGCUGGAAGCUGCAGCUGCCAAGCAGAAAGCCCAAGAUGCCUUUGACCAGAUAAACGAAGCUUACCGGCUCGUGAGUUCCAUCCGCAACGAGCUCGGAGACCUGGGGUCUGUUGAUAUGCAGCAGCUGCGAGCUUUGGAGAAACAGCUUGAGGAGGUUGAGAAGCAGCUGGCUGCUUCAGACAUCGACAAGAAGAUGACUGAACUGCAGAGAAAGAACACCCUGAUUGAGUCUCAGGCCGACAGAUUCGACCAGGAUCUCAGCGAGUUGCAAGCGGCCGUAGAAAACAUUGGUGACAUCAAGAAUUCUUUACCCGUGGGCUGCUAUAAAACGAUUCCUAUAGAAAAGCCUGCACGAUAA